CGUAGGAAAAGUGAAGGAAUACUGUUUAGACAUGAUUUAUUCCUACCAGCCACGUUCGUUUUACAGGAUUGCAUGGUAGGAAAAAUAAAGGAUUUUUUCCUAUCGUAGUGGUCACAAGAAGAAAACGGAGGAAAUUUUGCCUCCGGUACGACCUCAUGGGAAAAUUCAUGGCGGGAAAUCAGCGCGCGCGAUAGCUCUCUCGCGGCAAAAAGGCUAGCAUGAAAUAAUAAAAAAUCCCGUGAAGCUCGGAUAAAUAUCUUUUCUUCGUCUGUGAAACAACUUUCCUCUCGCUGUCUUCCUGUGUAUCCUCGCAUGCGAUCUCUCUCUCCACAGUCGAUGAAUCUUUCCAAGACCUCAUCCUACCAGUAGCAGGCACCUUCGCCUCAGCCGUUGCCAUACGCAGCAUCGGCGAGGAGGAUGGGACGAGCGGCGGGGAUCGGCGAGGAUGGGCGGCGGCGAGGACCGGCGAGGAGGGGACGAGUGACAGUGGGGAUCGGCCACAACGGGACGAGCAGUCGUAGGGAUCGACGAGGACUCGUUUAUUGCAGAUGACUAAUCAUCAAAACUAUGUGCAAUGAGGACAUCAUUCACAUUCGCAAGGAUGUAGUAGUGUUGGAGCUGAUCAUUUGUCCUCACUGCCUUCUGAACAAACAGCUGCUUUAGGUACCACAAGCACUUGUCGUAGAGCUAAAUGGAAUCACCAAAUGAGGUCAUUUCUUAUUCAGCUGUUGAAAGAUCAUGAUGUACCUGGUUAUCGAACACACAAUGCAUGGAGCAAGGAUGCAUGGACAAGUAUUGCUUCUCAAUUAAAUAACAGGUUUAGUCUAUUAUAUACUGUUAACCAAGUCAAGCAAAAAAAGCAAGAUUUGAAGAAGGAAUAUCGAAGUGUUAAGGAUUUGUUAGCUGGAAGUGGCUUUGGAUGGGAUAGUGAGAGAAUGAUGGUAGAUGCACCUGAGAGUGUUUGGGCCACGUUUGCUGCUCGCAAGAACAGCAAGGAACCCCUCCAAUGGAAAGACAAGUCUUACCCAUACUUUGAUGAAUUAUCUGCACUUUACGAUGGCCGUUAUGCUGAAGGAAGGACUCGUCGUGGUAUGGACUAUUAUGCAAGCAAGACACAUGAUGCAUUCAUCUCUAUUGAUGAAAGUACUGAUGCUUACCACAGUCCAUUACCUAAUUUACAAGGUCCAGGUGAACCUGGUUUGGAUUUAUUUGAUAAAAAAGAAACUGAGGAUACAAAUUUGGAUGUUGCCCACCGGUCAUCAACACCAAUGCAACACAUGAAGUCUACACCAACCUGCAAACAACCUUGUCCAGAAAAGCCUAGUAAAUGUGCAAAAAGACAGAAGACAAGUCCUACUGAACCAACUGAUGGAUUUCAUGAGAGAUACCUACAAUUGAAGCAGGAAGAAAUAAAUCGAUUUGCAGCUAUUGAAGAGAGGAAACUACAUGAUCCCUACAGUAUUAACAAGUGCAUCACAACUCUUGAAGGCUUGGAUGGUCUACAAACAAGUGACAUUCUGAUGGCAUCAGAUAUAUUCCAAUCAACAAAUAACAGAGAAGUUUUCUUGUCAUAUUCUAGUGAUGCACUAAAAUUGGCAUGGAUUAGAAGGGAGAUUGCACGUAGCAACCCAAAUUAUUAGUAUUACUAUUAGAACAAAUAUCUUUUGGUCAGGUUAGCAAUAUUUUGGGCACGUGGUGGUUAGCAUAUUUUGGUCAUUUGGUGGUUAGCAUAUUUUGGUCAGGGAAAAAAAGAAUUGUUAUAUAAUGCAGUAGAACAGUAAUAUUCGUAGUAUACAUGGACGGUAAUAGAACUUGCAUGCCAUAUCAAUAUAUUCCUAUCUUGAAGUC